UUGUAGUUCUUUUUGCCUGAUCUGAUUCAUAUUAUAUCUCUUCCUCCUCCUACUUGCGUGCUUGAAAGAUCACCAACAAAGAAUUAUACAAACUGAAGAAAAAUAAAUCAUACAUCAAGGGACAAGUCAAUAUAGCAAACAAUGAUGAAGAAGAAGAAACAGAGCAGAUCCCAAUCUUCUACCGAGAAAAAUCCCAAGAAAACUCUUGAGCCAUCCUCAGAUUCUUCACCGUCACCUAGACUCCUCUCCAUUUUCCGUUCCAAGUUGGCAAGUGGUAAAGACUUGAAGCAUAUGUUCAGAGGCAUGAGGGGUAAAACCGCACCCGGAUUGUCUUCUCAGUCUAGAAUCGUGAGAUGUCCCAAGUGCCACAAGCUUCUCCAAGAACCUAUAGACGCGACUAUUUACAAAUGCAGUGGAUGUGACUCGAUUCUCCAAGCAAAACGUUGGGAAUUGGAAGGAAAUGAUAACUCAAUUCCAGAGGCUCUCUUCUCUUCUCAAAACCACAGUUUAAGUAACGAGGUAGGAUCUGCAGAAGGUGGUAGUAAAACUCCAAUGAGGAGUACUCACCGGAGGGUAUCUCCUUCUGUUGAAAGAGGUUAUCAUUCAGAAACUGUUUACAAGAAUGAGACAUCCAAUAUCCGGAGAGAGUGGAUGAGAAGGGCUGAUGAUUUCAGUGUGACCGGUGGUGAUUCUGAUAUGUUUGCUUCAGCAAGAAGCUCUCCUUAUCACUCACGCAGCAAUGCCUCGGAGUGGACACAGCAUGAGGGGAGAUAUGAAGAGCCGCCUCGGGUUCCUUACUAUCCAGCUAGUCCUUCUCCUUCUUCUUCUGCAUAUGAAUAUGGCUACAGUAGUCCUUUCCACGGGUCUCAAGUUUCUGCAUCUGAGCAGUCUUAUUAUCAUUAUCAACCAAACCAUUUCAAGCAAUACGGAAGAGAAGGCUGGUUUCAAGAAUCUUCUGUUGCUUCACCGAUUCGUUUUCCCGGUGAGACAUCUGAUGGAAGGUACUAUCAGGGGUCUUCUCAGUCUCAGCUGCAUGAUCUUCAGUAUCAUAAUCUCUAUGAAUCCAGUAGCUCUGCAACCCCGCAUCGCUCUGUGUACUCUGAGCGUAGUUAUCAAGCAGCUACAUACUCUGAGCAUUCCAGGGGAGUUUCCAAAAGUGAGACAAGUAGUGAGAAGAGCUCUCUUAAGGACAAAAAGAAGUAUAUCAGAAAGAGGAAUCCUGUGAUGAAGCGUCAUGUUCUUCCUACAGCGGGUGGAGCGCCUUUUGCAACUUGUUCCUACUGCUUGGAACUUCUACAGCUUCCUCAGGUGUCUCUCCUCGGCAAACAUAAGAGAUACGAAGUGAGAUGUGGCAGUUGUGCAGGUGUACUUAAGUUCUCUGUUCGAGAGAAAACAGAAACUGUUCUCGAUUCACCUAACUUUGUGGGUUCCGGUACGGGCUUUGCUGAUGAGACUCUUACUAUUAAUCAGGAUUCAGCUUCAGAAGGUCGAGAAGAGAUUUUUCCGGAUGAUAGUCAUCUGUCGAGUUCAGACAGCGGCUCUGGAGAUAGAAUCUGCAAAAGCACCGAUGCUGUUAUCUUGAGGCAGAAUCUGGAAACAUUUGAGGAUAAGGGGAUUAUUAAAGAAGACAUAAGGAUCAUAUCAAGCAAAUUUUUAGAUUCGGAAUCGGAGGCGUUGCAGCCUCAGUGGAAGCCUUCCCCGAACCACAAGUUAAAGAAACAACAACCUGAAUCAAGUGAGUCUAUUGGAGAGACUUCACAGAUUCAUGUAGAGCAAUCUGAGGAAGCUUGGUCAGAGAAGUCGGCCGAGAUGGAUGAUAACAUUGUUGAAAGAGUCGGGUGCGAUUUAAAGGAGUCUGGAUAUGAGAAGAAUGAGCCAAAAGAGAUAUUUGGAAACGGAUCAGGUGAGUCCUUAGAGGUUCCAGUAUACAAGAACGAAAGAAUGAGUUAUUCAAGUUCGGAAGCUGAGACAGUUGCAGAGAGACUGGUAUUUCAUGGUGAAGAACCUGCAAACAAGAACGAACAUGUGAGUGAAACAUGCGUAUUCUUUGAGAACACCAGAGACACUCAAGAGUUUGAUUGGGUGGACACUCAAGAAAAUAAAGAACAUGGAGGUGAACGUAAAUGGGAAGAUAUCAUGGGAGACACUGAAGAUUCAUUCUGUGACAGCGGCUCAAGCAAUGUUGAAAUAUUUGAGGAUACAUCGGUCAAUGAAGAUACAAAGCACAUAUCAAACAAAUUUUCAGAUGCGAAGCCAGCUACACCACAGAGUCCCCUGAAAUCUUUGGUAAACGAGCGCUUUAUAGGAGAUUCUGACCAAUCAGGUAAAGCUACAGUUACAACAUCCAGUAUCCAUGAGGAGCAGUCCAAGUAUGAGUAUGAGAACUUAAACGAAAGACAAGAGUCGGAUAAGACCAUUAGUGACAGAGUCAUGUCUGAGUUAGAGGAGUCUAGAUACGACACAAAUGAAACUCUUGAGCCGGGCAAGGUGAGCGAAGAUGGAUCUGUUCUUUCUCUCACGAAGGAGAGUGAAACAUUCAAAACAAGCAUAGAAGGCGAGACAGGUGAAAAGAGAUCGGAAUCUCAUCAAAUGGAUUCUCCAAACGAGUAUGUAGAAAAUUCCAAUGACACACUCGAACCAGUUUGUUUAGAAGGAAGCGGGUAUGCAGGUGAAAGAGCAUGGGAAGAGACAAUGGAAGACAGAGCAGGGUUGCAUUUGGAGGAAUAUGAAAGCAACUAUGAGAAUUACAGCAAACCACUUGAAUGGACUUCAGAAAGAGCUCCAACAUUUCAUAUGCAUGAGUAUGAGCUGGGGACAAUAUGUGGACCAGAAGAGGACGCUGAUGGAAGAUCAGAAUCCAGUUCAAAGGGUUCCUUCAGUGACCAUGGAAGUUCAGAAAAGAGUGUGAGAACUCAAGCUAAUAAAGAAGAUCAGUCCCAGUAUGAGUAUGAGAACUCAAGCGAGAGAGAAGUGUUGAGUUACACAGUUUUUGACAUAGUAAGGUCUGAGUUACAGGAGUGUAGAUAUGAGACAAAUGAAACGUUUGAGCAAGGCAAUAUGGUCGGAGUAGAGGCGAGUGAAACAAUCAUAGGCGAAACAAGCGAAGAUCGGUCGGUAUCUCAUCAAAUGGCGCCACAAAACGAUAAUGUCCAAAAUUCCUACAGAACAAUGGAACCAGUUUAUCUGGAAGAGACGAUGAGAGAUGAAGCCGGGUUGCAGUCGAAGGAAUAUCAAAACAAUUCACACGAAUGGACAUCAGAAAGAGCUCCAACAUUCUGUCUGCGUAAGUAUGAACUAUGGACAAUACCUGAACCAGAAGAUGAUGCGGAUGGAAGAUCAAUAUCAAGUUCAACGGAUUUCUUUCAUGACCGUGAAAGUUUAAAAGAGAGAGAUGUGGCUUAUGAAGAGGAGCCUUGGCUGGCGGAUGAGAACAAAACCGAAGAGCUGAAAGUUGGUGUAGUGGUUGAAGAUGGACCAACAUUUCACUUGGAAAAGUGCAGAAAUGAUUCAACGAAAUUGGAAGAGAUAGUUGAAUGGACAGUAAGAACACCAACAUUUCGGCCGCAUGAGUCUGAGCUAGGAACAAUGCUUGAACCAAACGAGGAUGCUGAUGGAAGAUCGGAAACUAGUUCAACAGGUUCCUUCAAUAACCAUGAAAGUUCAAAAGCGAGAGCUGUGUUUCACGAGGAGGAGCCCCAGCUGGUGAGCGAUAGCAGAACCGAAGAUCUACAAGUACGCGAAAUAACAGAAGAUUGGGUAUCCCUGGACUUGGACAAGGGUGAAAAUGAAUCAAUGAAAGUGGAUGAGACAUUUGAGUGGACUUCAGAGAGAGCGUUAACAUUUAGUCGCCGUGAGUAUGAGCUAGGGACAAUGCUUGAUCUAGACAAGGAUGCUAAUGGGAGAGCAGAAACUAGUUUCAGGGGUUCCUUUAAUGACCGUGGAAGUUCAAAAGAAAGAGCUGUGAUUCACAAGGACGAGCCUUGGCUGGUGGAUGAUUAUGAAACCAAAGCGGUAAAAGCAGGCGUAAUGGUGGAAGAUAGACCAUCAAUGCACUUAAAGAAGUGCGAAAAUGAAAAAAUGGAAUUGGACCAGAGAUUUGAACCAAGGGAUGACAUAUUCAGGCUCAAUCUUGAUGACACACUUGAGCAAGAGAAGAUGAUCUUUCAUUUGGAGAUGUCUCAGAAUAAGCAAGAGAAUCUAAGGCAGACCUUUAAACAUGGUGAGGCUGAAGAAGAUAUACCAGAAUUUGGUUCAAGUGUAUCUUCAGAGGGCCAUGAAUCUCCACGUAAAAUGGCAGAAGUAUAUAAUGAAGCUGAAGAAGAGAUGUUGACAGACCAUUUAGAGAAUCUGCAGCAAGAGAAGGAGAAGUCAGGUCUAACCUCUGAACCUUAUGCUCAUUUCUAUAACACAACAGAACCCUCUGAGAUUGUGGGUUUGCGUCAUGCGUUAUAUCAAACUUCACCUCUACGGUCACCUCUCAGUUCACCAAUUCAUACUCCCAUUGGUUCCCCACUGCAUUACCUGAUGGCUUCACCAAUGCGUUCUCCGAUAGCUUCACCAAUGCAUUCCCACAUAGUUUCACCAUUGCGUUCUCCCAUCCACACAUCUGGAUCACUCUCUGAUGUGUUAUUCUUUGGCAAGAAAGUUUAGUGUCAAGAAAAAACAGAUAAGCAUUCAUACAAGGUUGCUCAAGACUUUUACCUGCGAUGCAAAACAGUGUGUACAUUGUUUCUUUUUUUUUUUAAAGUGAUUGGAUUACAUGUAAGAUUUUCUACGGGUGUUUUAGAUGAACCAAAAGAAAGAAAAAAAGAUUCACUAUGAGUUUUGGACAUAGUGAAUCCUAAAUGAUGUAUCCACAGAGUCAUCAGUAAGCCCAAUGUUACUGUCAUUUGUUUUGUGCAUGUUUUAGAGAAGAAUCAAGUAGAUUUUGUUUAUUGAAACUUGAAUUAUACCAACAUUUGAUC